CUAUAAUAUACAUGCAAGAGUUUACAAAACACAAGCCCUAAAUUAAUGUAAAUAGAACCAAGGGGGAAAGUCGGCUGGAAUUCAGUUUUGCAAUUUAGAAUAUCAUUGCGCUUACAGCAAUCUCUCCCACAGAGAUGCAGACAUCUGAAAUGCAUAUACGCAUCUCAAAACGACGUUUUAAUUAAUAUUUUAUGCUGCAAAUAAUCCACACGUCUAAAUCAGAAUUAUCAACGAAAUGUCUCGAUUGUGGAAUGAAUUCGGUUUAAUGCCGGCGUCUGAUAAAUCAGAAAUGCAUCGUAAAUCUUUAAGAUCCUCAGAAUUAGAUGCCAAACAUUACCUCGAUUGCAAUUAUCUGACGCGGCCGGCACGGAGGCCGUUUCAUUUUGGAAUGGAGCGCGGUGUAAUUUAACAGUCUGUCAAUCUCCCUUUGAUAACUCUCAUUCCUUACACGAAAUGCUAGAUUGUUUGAAAUCGCAUUCUCUUCAAAACACGCGGAGUUGCAAAUCAGAGUUCCCUAACUGAAACUGCAAGCAGUCUAGCUCAUAGUUCCAAAUAUGAAUACUGUUGCAGAGACAAAAUUUGUAUUAACAACCCUGGCUGUAAUUGUUAAAGAACUUUGAUUCUCGGAUUAACGUGACCGAAUUCCUCACUUGGCAUUUAUUUUUAUUUCCCGAUGAGGAAAGGAAUGCAGUAUAAAAAAUAUUUGAUUCUCGUAGUUUGUUGGGUCAGAAGAUUGAAUUUAUUGCAUGCUAAUUUUGAGGAUGUUUAGAACAUCUAAUUUCAAAGCUUACAUUUCAAUGAAUGGGUAAAUAGAUUAGUCUGAUUUAAUAAAGUUAGAAUCAAGUUUUUAUACUGCGAGUUUCUAUAGAAUUUCUAUAGUUGCGAGUGAAUAGCUUUCGGAGUGUGAGAAUUCCCGUGCGCUGUGUGUGUGUGUGUGUGUGUGUGUGUGUCUGUAAGUGUGUGUGUCUGUGCAUAUGUCUGUCUGUAAGUGUCUUUGUGUGCGUUGUGUGUGUGUGUCUGUAAGUGUGUGUGUCUGUGCAUGUGUCUGUGUCUGUAUGCAUGUGUGUGUGUGUGUAUGUCUGUAAGUAUGUGUGCGUGUGUCUGUGUAUGUGUCUGUCUGUGUGCGUGUGUGUGUGUGUGUGUGUGUGUCUGUAAGUAUGUGUGCGUGUGUGUCUGUGUAUGUGUCUGACUAUAAGUGUCUGUGUGUGUGUGUGUGUGUGUGUGUGUGUGUGUGUGUGUGUGUGUGUGGGGUGUGUGUGUGGUGUGUGCGUGCGUGCGCAGAACCCGUGUUGAGCACGGGACGUCGCGUGUGUUUUAAUUAGAUGUCAUCACCUAUUAUUGCCGGGCUGAUGAGAUGCUUCCCGGGAACCGGCUGCUUCUUGGCUCCAGUUCCUCGGAGAGACGUGGGACAGCCUCCUUCAGAAAAAAAAAACACCACAGGCUGAAGGAAAUGUCCGAAUUAAAUUUUGAUGGAGUGAAAUAAGGAGACUGUAUCCCACGGGCCGUGAUCCACGGAUUUAAGGGAGGAGACGAUGGCAGACGGAUUGAUGUUGCUGGGAGCCUGGUGCCUGGCUGGCUUCUGGAGCCCGGUCCACGCCUGUCCCGAGCUGUGCGUUUGCCAGGACAAAUACUCUCACCAGUUCGCCGACUGCGCCUACAAGAACUUCGCUUCCGUUCCCGACGGCUUGCCCCAGAACGUGACCACCCUCAGCCUCUCGGCAAACAAGAUCAAGUCGCUGCUCCGGAAUUCCUUCGUCCAGGUACCUCAAGUCACGUCCCUCUGGCUGGCGCACAAUGAAAUCUCCACUAUCGAGGAGGGAACGCUGGCGCCACUGUCGCAGCUCAGAAACCUGGACAUCAGCCACAACCAGAUCGCGCGGUUCCCCUGGCAGGACUUGUAUAACCUCACCGAUCUGCAGCUCCUGAAGAUGAACAAUAACCUCCUGUUCGGGCUGCCCAGGGACGCUUUGUCCACCCUGAGGGACCUGCGCUCCCUCCGCAUCAACAGUAACCGUUUCCGCACCUUCGAGGAGGGCACCUUCGAUUCGCUCACCUCGCUGUCCCACCUACAGAUCUACAGUAACCCCUUCUCCUGUAACUGCCGACUGGAGUGGCUUAAGGACUGGAUCCAGCAGGCGCUUAUCUCCAUCCCGGAGAAGCAGGACAUCAAGUGCUCGGAGCCGCCCGAGCUGAAAGGGACGGCGGUGGUGGACCUACCCCCGCUGCAGUGCUCGGCGCCCUCGGUCUACCUCAGCUACCAGGGCAGCAAGGACAAGGCGGGCUUCUUCGAAGGCCAGACGCUCACCGUGCAUUGUAACUCCACGGGCAACCCCCUUCCCCAGAUUAGAUGGAAGGUGCAGACGGCCAACAGAGAGGUCGAGCUGAACGAGGCGAAGGUGAGAGAGGAGGGGAGGGAGUUGGCGGCUGGGAAGGAAGACCAGGGGCGGCUGGUGGUCCUUAAGAAUGGUACCCUCGUUAUCCCCCGCCUGACCAAGUACGAAGAAGGACUCUACACCUGCCUGGCCACAAACCUCGUGGGGAGCAACGAGUCCUCUCUGGAAGUGGUCCUCAGUCCCACAUCGAAGCGUGGCCCCGUUUACUCUAAGGACCCCGCUCUGAGCCCCAGCACCACCCAGAGGCCGCAUGUCAAGGUCAGCGCCGCCGGUCUGCCCAGCCUGCAAGGGAUGGUCGGGAGCCCGGACCCGACCAUGGACGCCCCUCCGACCUGGGCACCUGCGCCAAGCGCGCCGGACGCCCAGAGCUGCGUGAGGAGAGAGGGAAGCCGUUACAUCUCCAACCACGCCUUCAACCAGAGCUCCCAAAUGAAGCAGCACACUUUCGACUUCGGAGUGAUCGCCCUGGAGGUGAGUGAGAACGACGCCAGGGUACAACUCACCCCCUUUCAGAGCUCGCCGAGAGUCAGGAGCCCGCAGAUGCUGUACCUGUGCAGGGGCCAGGGAGCGGACGGCGCCUCUGUGGUCCAGUGGUCCAUGAUCGAGACUGGGGUCAACUCCUACCGCUUCCAGAACCUGAGGCCGGGUUCCAACUACACCCUCUGCUUUACGUACACGGGCCUGGAUUGCCAAGUUCAGGUGAUCUUUACCACCAGGAGGAAGAUCCCAUCGCUGCUGAUCAUGAUCGUAGUCAGUUGUUUCCUCCUGGGCUUGGCCACCGUCCCUUUGCUGGGAGCGACCUGUUGUCACCUCAUGUACAAAUACCAGGGCAAGACUUACAAGUUGAUCAUGAAGGCGCAGGCGCCGGGGAAAGUGGGGAAGGAUGCGACCAGCCCGUUCGAGGCCGCCGCCUCCUCUCUGCAUGCUUCGGCCCAGGACUACGAGCCCAGCGAGGCAGGCGGGGCGAGCCUGGAGGCCGAGUCUCACGCCAAAGGCAACCAGGACGAAUUUGAGAUCUGCUCCGAGUACAGCGACCGUCUGCCGCUCGGCGCCGAAGCUGUGGACAUAAAUCAGGAGAUCAACGGGAAUUAUAGGCGGCCUAUGCGCUGACUCUCGAGGCAGAGGAGCAGACGCCCCGAGUCCAACCAACUCCAGCCGAAAUAAUAUUUUAAAAGCCCCCGUUUCCUCUACAAAACUCUGGACCUCCACACGGCCAAACGGCCGUGGGUUUUGUUAAGAUAUCAGAAUCCUGCUGUUGAUUUUUUUUUAAAAAAGCACAUACACACAACACGGUUCGGGAAUUAGGAGCAAUUAGGUCCAAUUCCCGGUUCAAGGAUGCGGGGGUAAUGGAGAAUACGUGCGAUCAGCUUUCGUGAACUAGUCUUUGUCAGAGAAAAACAUAAGGUGCUUGGUUAAUACUCCAUUGUCGACCCUUGUACAGUUCCGUGGGAAGUACUGUAUGUCUUCACUACGACCCUCCCUCCUCCUGCAUUGAUGUAGUGACGCUAAUGUGUGUAUCUCUCGGUGUUUACCAGUGCAAUGUCCGUCCACUACACCGUUCACUGCAGAUAGCACACUCCAUGCCAACAGCUCCCGGCCCCCGUGUUAUGUUCGGAAAUUAGUCUGUGUAAAUGGAAGUAGUGUUUGGUGUGUAUACGGAGUGCAUUAAUGGGACCGGCCACUCCCUGGGGUGUACGAGGGUAUCGUCUUCGGUGUCGCUGUCGAGCUGUGGGGCCAUUGGUGUGUGUGUGUGUGUGUGUGUGUGUGUGUGUGUGUGUGUGUGUGUGUGUGUGUGUGUGUGAGAGAGAGAGAGAGAGAGAGAGAGAUUGAGAGAUUGAGAUUGAGAGAUUUUGAAACCACGGCCAACCACUGUCCUGCCCGCCUUUGACUCACCCUUCGAUAUGCUUUAUCUCUGUAUUCAAUACAUUAAAACAAAAACAUAAAAGUUUAUUUGGAACUAGUUGGAAAUUUUCCUUGACAGAAAGAAAUUGAGUUUGUUCCUGAGUGUGAGUUUUAUUGGGAUUAAGCCGUGGAGCGUGACAACUCCUCACGUCAAGUCCUCUGUACUACCUCCUUGUUCCUUUCUAAUCGACUCCAACCUCUCUGGGUCCAAGCGCGCUCUCCCUCUUUCUAUUCCCUGUAAGGGGCUUCACUCAAUCCCGGCAUGUCCUUCCACAGAAUUGCGGCUUGGAAACAUUCCGCUUCCCGAAGAUGUGCAUUCCGUUUAACGAUCACAUUGUAGUCUGG